AUGGCUAUUGGUGGCGUUGAGAUCCGCCUCGACAAGGCUGAUUCCAGCAAGUAUCCAGAUGUUGGUAUUGCAGUACUCGAUCGUGACAGGGUUGUGGUCAAUUUGAUUCAAGGUUCAGUCUUCGAUGCUGUUGGGAUCAAAGAAUUGCCUGUUUUUCGGUGCCUGGGACUUAACUAUUGCAACCAUGCCAAAGAGGCCAACAUGCUCAUUCCAGAUUGUGCCAAAUUUUACACAGGUUGGCUCCCGCGACUAGGAGGCAGAGUUAUCAAUCAUUUUUUCCCUAGGUCAGGUCGAGAUAUUUCUGAAUCGGAUGUAACGGAAUAUGAAUUGGAUAUACCUGCAGUAACGAUAUCAGUGCUCGAAAGCAGCAGUUCAGUGACAGCGAGUGCUGCUUUCAAAGGUAUUGAUGGAUCUUGCCCAUUGGACCCAGUCCUCAUAUCUUGUUCCAUCAUUAGCCACUCACACAUUCUGCACAUUAAAGAAAUCUACAACGGAUAUGUGGUGCAGGAAUCAAACACUAGGCGCGUCUACCCGGAGAGCUGA